GGGGGGGGGAGAAAUCUCCACUUGGACUGUAUCAUCCUGUUUAUUUACUCGGGGGAGGCCACGAUUUUUCGGCCUCAGCAACAAUCCCGCCCGCAUCUCUGGGUGGUGGGUGACUGGGCUCCCCCUCCGUCACAUCCCGAUGAGCCGGUCCAGUUUUACGGCCCGCUCCGAGUCUCACCAUUGGCUAGUCCCGGAGGCUUGCGUCCCUGGAGAGCCUCCGGCCGGCGAAAGUGAGGCUUGAGCUGCUCCCAGGUCGGGCCCGCCUCUGCGGGCGGACUGGAUUGGAUGGCGUUCGUUUCCGCCCUGACAGCGACUUUCUCCACGGCGUCGGUUGCAUGAAAGAUAUCCUAUUAAGCUGUUAGUACUGGAAGGACAAAGUGGAUGAAGAAUGAAUUUUGCAGAAAAUCAGGGACCCUGAAACAGACGACCUGGGACUUGGCCUUCAUCCAGUUGAUUGUUGAUGCAAGGGACAGUGUACAUGAGGAGUGACUAUCUGAGCUGACCCUUGGAUGAAGCCAGAUCUCCGUUGACUAACACUUUCCCCAGUUCACCCCCCCCACCCCCCACCCCCGAUAACCAGACUCCAGACAACUGAAGCCUUCUUAGGCUUCAGACCAUAGCCACUUAUUCCUCAUGGAGCCCCAUGGGGAGAGAGCUGGAGAGGGUGAUAGGGUGCGUAUUACAGCCCAGAUGCUUAAAGCCUGGUCAGGUGAAUUUUCCCUGGAAUCCAUCUUGUUGCUGAAACUUUGUGGUUUGGGACUGGUGGACCUGGGCUGCCUAGGUGAAUGUUUGGGGCUGGAGUGGUUGGACUUGUCUGGUAACACCCUCACCCACCUGGGACCCCUGGCCUCCCUUCGGCAGCUAACUGUACUGAAUGUCUCCGCCAACCGCCUGACCGGGCUAGAACCACUGGCCUCUUGUGAGAGCCUGCAGAGUCUCAAUGUAGCUGGUAACUUGCUGGCUGGGGUGGGCCAAUUGCAAUGCCUGGCAGGACUUCAGCGGCUGGAACAUCUGAGGCUUCAGGACCCGUUGGCACGGCUUAGCAACCCACUCUGCAGCAGCCCUUCCUACAGGGCUGCAGUUGGGGAGCUGUUGCCUGGCCUCAAGGUCAUUGAUGGGGAGCGAGUGUCAGGUCAGGGCAGUGAAUUCUACCAGCUGUGCCGGGACCUUGACAAAUCCUUGCACCGGAGCCCAGGGCCCGUCUCUACGCUUCCCCCCUGUGAGGCUAAGCCCUGGGUGGAGCCCAGCUACUGGAAGCCACCACAGGCCCAGGGCAGCUCCAUCCUGGAAGAUGCAUGCCGCCAGUUCCGGGACACUAUACAAGAAUGCCAAGAGCUGAGCCAGAAGGCUGAUGAUAGUCUGGCCCAGGCAGAGGAGGCCCUUAGACCUGCCAGUGGGGACACAACUUCCUUUGUCUUCUAAGCCCAGCCAGUCCCCAAUGUUGGGAGGGCAGUGGCUGGAGAAGGAAGUCUCCCAGGUGCCCCAGGAUUUGAAGAACUCUAGAUACAAUCACAAACCUCAUUACUGGCCCCACAGAUUGUAUCCAAUUAGUUUUGUCCUCUUAUUUAUGUUUUCUGCACACUUUCAAGGAAAAUUCAAUCUAGAUCCUUAUUCUUGUGGAGAUGUUAUGCUUGAACUCUCUUCCUUUCCGUCUAUAAGUGAGAACCAAGCAUUCCAGGACUCUUCCUGAGUGUCCUAUGCUCCCCUCCCCACCCCGACUCUUACAAGACUGAUGCCAGGAGAGCAAGUACUUGAACCUAAGUUGAUUCUCUGUCUCCCCUACCCCCCUUGCCUGCAGUUAGAGGGCUGUGAUGGAGAACUGUCUGAGUAUGUAAAGGCUACUUGAAAAAUAAAAUGUGCUAUCCUGGUAAGAAGCUA